AUUCAACUGAUGAUAUGAUAUUAGCCACUUUAGUGCAAGAUGUAGAAUCUACCAUCAGUGUGCAGUGUAUGGGACCCAAUCCCGAACCUGAAACCGUGACAAAAAAACCUUCAUCAACCGUGACUUCCUUUCUAAAUUCCCCAAUUACAUCCCUGGAUCCAGGCCCAUGUGCAGUAGCCACUUUUGUUAAGCCUGCAAAACCAAAAGCCCAGACACGAACGGCUCCCAGCCAAAUUAUUGUACAAAUGGAUGAAGAACCUACAUCCUCAGUCUUACAGUAUGUAAAUAUUACCAAUCAAGAUUCACAUAACAACCAUGUGGCUAUCGAUCGGCCAGAGACAUUGAAAAAUAUUAAGAUUUCCAACCCUUUAUUCAACAUAAAUAAACCCCAAGGUAUAUAUGUGUGAAUAAUAUAUACACAGUCAAAUAUUAUUUUCUUAUCUUAGGUCUCUUAACAUCUGUUCAACCUAAGUCAUCAGUUAUUUUCAAAACCUCCGACACAACAUUUAUUCAACCUAAGUCAUCAGCUGUUCUUCAAUCAACCUCCACUACAAUAUCUGAAUUAUUACCAACUAUUACCAUUGAUCCAAUUGAAAUGACAGACGUGCAAAUGAGUGCCUAUAAAGUCAAUCUAAAUGAAACAAAUACAUGCAAUUUCUAUGGCGGUCAGCUACCCCAGAAUGUAUUUUUCUCAACACUGUAUCCAAAGGUAAUACCAGGAGGUUUCCAUAACUUAAGUGGUCGCCUGGUACCUAAGGAAGUACAAAUAUUAUUAAGUUUCGGCCCACGGUAUUGCCCUAUUAAGACACCUACCAUCAAGGAUUAUUACUUAGCAUUGGAUAGUUACAAUGAAAUGUACCAAGAUCAGUGCAUAAAUUUAGACUAUCAAAGUCCAUUAGAAAUGCAGCUACAUUAUGCCCAAUUUUUGAGAAUCAUAGAGGAUUAUCAGGAGCCACAACAAACUCAAACUCAAAAGAUAUUGUUUCAAUUAUAUAAGUAUACCUCCGAGUACUUAGAUUCACAAAAAGAUUUAAUAAUAGUUCAAGCAGAUAAAGGCCAUUCUACCUGCUUGAUGAAAAAACCGGAAUAUAUUCAAAAGAUGCAUGUGUGGAUAAAUCAUAAUUUGGAGAUAGGAUCUUAUGUAUUGAAUACAGAAAAUCGACAGGUUUUAUUUAAUUAUUUAGCUGCAAAUUACAGAAAAACAGUUAAGCCGCUUAUUAGAUGGUAUCAGCAGAAACCAACAUCAUUCCCGAAAAGUCUACUAGUUAGCUUGCAGCAAUUACUGACCAAAAACAAUCCUACCUUACCAUAUCUCUAUGGUACUGUAAAACUGCACAAGAAGGAACAACCCAUGAGGCCCAUAUGCAGUCCAAUAGGUUGGUAUAUCCAUCCACUUCACCAAUUAGUACAUUAUGUAUUGAAGAAAACCCUGUCAAACCGCAUGUCCUCUCAUAAUUUGAUCAAUAUGAGCUAUUUAACCGGGCAUAUAUUGCAUCUUCAGCAUUUGCCAGGCUAUGUAUUCGUGUCCUUGGACAUAAGAGACAUGUAUCCAAGAACCAGUAUCACAUCUCUCUGGCGCACAUUGAAGAAUCUUAUGUGUUUGCCAUGGUUCCUUGAGUCCUGUCCUAUUCCUAUAUCUAUGCUUAAUAUGGCAUUAGAAUAUAUAUUGAAUACCGCUAACUAUUUCACCUUUGAAGAUAGAUGUUAUAAGCAGGCAGAAGGGUUGCCACAGGGGGUGCAGCCUCUGGAAUCCUGGCAACCAUUCAUCUGGAUUCCCAAAUAGA